AUGUUAUUGAGGUUCACAUUAUCGUUAGUCUUCAUUCUAUUCAACGCCUUUUUCGUAAAGGCCACCCCUAACAACCAAACAUCCCGAGAGAAACGAUUUUCUCUGAGCUCUGGAGGCACCUCUUCCGAAAACAACACUUAUCUGAGGGAAAGCUCUGGAACAGCCCCUGGAAGUUCCUAUACAAUUUGCAAAUCGGCCUCGGAUAUUUGUCGGAUCCGCUUGGAUUUAACGACCUUCUCCAUAUCUGGCCCUGCCACAGAAGGAGAGGGAGCAAUUGGUAACUGCGUCACUGAUCAGUUUUCAAUUACUGCUCCUGGAAGUAGAGGGUCUCCUAUUAUAUGUGGUUUCAACACUGGCCAACAUCUUAUUGUGGAUGCCAGUGAUCAAUGUCAUGUGGCAUCCUUCAGUUUAGGCACAACACCAUUGGUAACCAGAUCUUGGGACAUUAAGGUGACUCAAUUCACUUGCAGUCAAGAAGUGGGAGGACCUGCAGGAUGUUUGCAAUUUUUCAUGGGAGUGUCUGGAACCAUUUCAAAUUUUAAUUUCCCGGCAAGUAUGACAGUUUCAGCUGAGACUACUCAUCUGUCGAAUCAACACUACAAGCUCUGCAUUCGGAGGGAAUCUGGAUAUUGUUCCAUUUGUUAUGCACCGUUUUCGACAGGAUCCGAACCUGACGAUGAGGUAAAUUUUUAUGGCAGAUGGAAUUUCUAA